CUGGAACUCCAAGCUUCAUCGCAAAGCAAAAUCAUCACCACCAUUUUCACCCCGCAUUCAAUCGGGAAAACUAGCUCCCAAAGGUCAAUUAACACUUAAAAGAUGGCAUAUACACCUAGAGGAGGACGUGGCGGUGGUGACCGCGGAGGUCGUGGAGGUUUCUCCAGAGGUGGUGGAGGUGAUCGUGGAGGCCGCGGUGGAUUCUCAAGAGGUGGCGGAAGAGGUCAGUUUUUACAACUCCCCCGAGCUCUAUGUAGCGAUUGGAAGGCCCUGAAUAGCUUCAUGGUCUUUGGCUCUCUACCAGGCUUGAAUUAUUAUGAAAACAAAAGUAGCUGACCGGAGGGUAAGGAGGUCGAGGUGAUAGCAGAGGCGGUCGUGGAGGCGGCAGAGGAGCACCAAGAGGUCGUGGAGGACCCAGAGGAGGAGCAGGGGCAAAAGGAGGCGCAAAGACCAUAAUUGUAAGUUUGCGCGAAAAGAUAUUCGUUGCGAUGGCAUUGUCUAACUGGCGCAGGAACCCCAUCGUCACGCCGGUAUCUUCGUCGCCCGUGGAAAGGAAGACAUGUUGGUCACCAAGAACUUCUGCCCCGGCGAGUCGGUCUACGGAGAGAAGCGCGUCAGUGUUGAGAACUCUGGUGGAACCAACGAGGAUGGCACUCCAAAAGUCACCAAAACCGAGUACCGAGUCUGGAAUCCUUUCCGAAGCAAGUUGGCUGCAGGUGUUCUGGGAGGUCUGGAUGAAAUUUUCAUCAAGCCUGGCGCAAAAGUCUUGUACCUCGGUGCCGCUUCUGGAACCUCUGUUUCCCACGUCGCGGAUAUUGUUGGACCUACUGGUACGGUUUUCGCUGUCGAGUUUUCGCAUCGUUCUGGUCGUGAUCUGAUUAAUAUGGCAACCCACCGCACAAACGUUAUCCCAAUUAUUGAGGACGCCAGACACCCAUUGAGAUACAGAAUGUUGGUAUCUAUGGUCGAUGUUAUCUUCGCAGAUGUUGCACAGCCAGAUCAAGCUCGAAUUGUUGGAAUGAACGCCCAUUUAUUCUUGAAGGUUGGUGGAGGUAUCGUUAUUUCUAUCAAGGCAAACUGUAUCGACAGUACUGCGCCAGCAGAGCAGGUUUUCGCCAGAGAAGUUCAGAAAAUGAGAGAGGAAAGAAUGAAGCCUUUGGAGCAGCUGACUCUUGGUAAGUUCCUCUGGCCAUGCAUUUCAUGCACGCUUUCUAUUUCCCGCCUCUUAUCAUAUUUGCCCCCCUUCUGCGUACAUUAUCUAACGGACCACCAUAGAACCUUUCGAGAGAGAUCACUGCGUUGUCGUAGCCCGUUACGUCCGAUCCGUCUCAUAGACGUCCUCUUUUAUCAUCAUCCCCCCUACAACAACUUCCCGGGGCAAUAUAAAUCCACGAUGAACGCCAUUUUUGGUGAACGAUGUCCUAUAUUCAUGUGCUUCGAAUCCUGCAGUUGUGGAUUAUUUAUUUCGCAAGUCAGGAUAGGAAUGGUUGUCUUGUCUAUUGCUCUCUCGGCGGUGUAACUUAAGGUCCUUGGCGUUAUCAGGUUUCUUUCAAUUAGGUUGUGCUGCGAAAAUCGAAAAAAUGAUGUCUAAACAUGCAAGUUGGUUCUGUUUGAAGUUUGAAUAUUAAGUUGUCA